GUCAAGCUGGAAAGCAAAUACGUUUGGACAAGGGAGGAAAACUUGAUAUCUAUGUUGCCUUGGAUGCAUCUGACAGCAUAGAGGAAGCGGAUUUUGAUAAGGCAAAAGACAUCAUUAAGAAGCUCAUAAAAAGAUAAGCUAUUAUGAGGUCUCUCCAAAUUAUGAAAUCCUAAUUUUUACCACAAAUGUGACACACAUUAUUAAAAUGACUGAUCAAAAGAGAGGAAACCCAACCAAGUUAAAGGACAUUAUUGAAAAGCUAGAUAAAUACAAAUAUUCUGAUAAAGGAGAGAAAACAGGAACCAACAUUCGCAAUGCUUAUGAAAAAAUACUAGAAAGCAUCAGUUUGGAGGAGGCGCACAAUAAGGUGGACUUUGACGAGACACAGCACGUCAUAAUCAUGUUUACUGAUGGUAUUUACAAUUCGGGAGGAAACCCCAAAGGUAUUGUUGGACAAAUCAGGGAAAAAGUCAUCAGAGAUAAAAAAGACCGGGAGAAAUAUCUUGACCUUUAUGCAUUUGGAGUUGGAGAAGAUAUUGAGAAAGAGAAAAUGGACGAGUGGGUGUCAAAAAGAGAUACCAACGAGAAGUAUUUUUUCAUACUCCCAAACAUGGAAGAAGUUGAAGAGACAUUAGAUAAAAUGCUUGAUGAAGGUACUAGUAUGGCUCUGUGUGGACUCUAUAAAAGCUACUCUGAUUCUGAACUUAAAUCAAGCAUGCGCCUCACUUACCCCUGGCUGAUAAAGAUAGUUAUAACGUAUAACGGUAACACAGCAAAUUGUAUUGGAUCGUUGGUCACUCCCAGGUUUAUUCUAACUGCUGCCCAUUGCUUCAGGUUUGAUGAUGUGAACGACCAAAUUAAACUAGAGGCUCUUAAUUCCAAAGAUAUUCAGAUACCAGGAGUGGAGAAGUUCUAUCUUCAUGAAAAAUUUAAUACCACAAAGAAGCAAGACAAGGGAAUAACAGAGUUUUAUGAAUAUGAUGUAGCUCUCAUUCAGUUAACGGAAGGUGUAAAAAUCAGUCCUGACCUCAGAACUAUUUGUGUUCCCUGCACUGAGGAGGCGCAUGCAGCUCUACAACUACCUGCCAGUGAAGCAUCAUGUGCAAAACAUAGGGAAAUGCUUUUGGACAGUGAUCUCAUGAACGCACAUUUCAUAACCCACGAUGCCCUAACUAGUAAAAAGCCAAAACAACAAGUGCUAAUCAAGCAAAAUCAAUGGAGAGAUGACUGUAUUGAACAGACCACAAAGAUAUUAAAUGUCGAGAAAGAAAAGGCAGAGGAAAUGUUUACAGAUAAAUUUUUAUGCACUGGUGGAGAGACUCCAAAUUUCAUAGAUGACAUUUCUUGCAAAGGUGACUCUGGUGGUCCUUUGGUAGUGGAAAAAAAUCGUUUGUUCCAGGUUGGAAUCAUCAGCUGGGGUCUGAAAGAUAUAUGUGAGGAUGAAAUGGAGAAAGUAGAUGGCAGAGACUUCCACAUCCACCUCUUCGAUCCAGAAGUGCAAAAUUUCCUCCAAAAAUACCUGGGAGAUGAGGAAAUAGAUACGCCGCUAAACUUCUUUUCGGAAGCUGUAAUUGAACACUUCAAAUCCAUCUUUGCACAUCAUGGAAUUCCUGAGGUGGUGCGCUCGGACAACGGGCCACAGUUUGCUUCUGAGGGUUUCCGGGCUUUCGCACGGGGCUGGGGUUUUGACCAUGUGACUUCAAGUCCUCACUUUCCGCAGAGUAACUGGGAGGCAGAGCGAGCUGUAAGGACCAUUAAGAACCUCCUUAAGAAGUCUGCGGACCCCUACCUUGCACUUAUGGCUUACCGAGUGGCCCCUCUCACCAAUGGUUACAGUCCUGCCGAGCUCCUAAUGGGAAGGAAGCUCCGAAUGAGAAAAACAGGAACCAACAUUCACAAUGCUUAUGAAAAAAUACUAGAAAGCAUCAGUUUGGAGGAGGCGCACAAUAAGGUGGACUUUGACGAGACACAGCACGUUAUAAUCAUGUUUACUGAUGGUAUUUACAAUUCGGGAGGAAACCCCAAAGGUAUUGUUGGACAAAUCAGGGAAAAAGUCAUCAGAGAUAAAAAAGACCGGGAGAAAUAUCUUGACCUUUAUGCAUUUGGAGUUGGAGAAGAUAUUGAGAAAGAGAAAAUGGACGAGUGGGUGUCAAAAAGAGAUACCAACGAGAAGUAUUUUUUCAUACUCCCAAACAUGGAAGAAGUUGAAGAGACAUUAGAUAAAAUGCUUGAUGAAGGUACUAGUAUGGCUCUGUGUGGACUCUAUAAAAGCUACUCUGAACCUGGACUUAAAUCAAGCAUGCGCCUCACUUACCCCUGGCUGAUAAAGAUAGUUAUAACGUAUAACGGUAACACAGCAAAUUGUAUCGGAUCGUUGGUCACUCCCAGGUUUAUUCUAACUGCUGCCCAUUGCUUCAGGUUUGAUGAUGUGAACGACCAAAUUCAACUAGAGGCUCUCAAUUCCAAAGAUAUUCAGAUACCAGGAGUGGAGAGGUUCUAUCUUCAUAAACAAUUUAAUAUUACACAGAAGCGAGACAAGGGAAUAACAGAGUUUUAUGACUAUGAUGUAGCUCUCAUUCAGUUAACGGAAGGUGUAAAAAUCAGUCCUGACCUCAGAACUAUUUGUGUUCCCUGCACUCAGGAGGCACAUGCAGCUCUACAACUGCCUGCCAGUGAAGCAUCAUGUGCAAAACAUAGGGAGAUGCUUUUGGACAGCGAACUCGUGAACGCACAUUUCAUAACCCAUGAUGCUCUAACUAGUCAAAAUCCAAAACAACAAGUGAUAAUCAAGCAAAAUCAAAGGAGAGAUGACUGUAUUGAACAGACCACAAAGAUAUUAAAUGUCGAGAAAGAAAUUGCAGAGGAAAUGUUUACAGAUAAAUUUUUAUGCACUGGUGGAGAGACUCCAAAUUUCAUAGAUGACAUUUCUUGCAAAGGUGACUCUGGUGGUCCUUUGGUAGUGGAAAAAAAUCGUUUGUUCCAGGUUGGAAUCAUCAGCUGGGGUCUGAAAGAUAUAUGUGAGACUGAAAUGGAGAAAGUAGAUGGCAGAGACUUCCACAUCCACCUCUUCGAUCCAGAAGUGCAAACAUUUCUCAAAAAAUACCUGGGAGAUGAAGAUAUAGAUACGCCGCUAAACUUCUUUUAAAUUUUUGAUGAACGAUAAUUUACACUUUCUGUUACAUUUAACAUUUAAUGUCAUGUAACAUUUAAUUUGCUCCUUUUUUUGCAUCUUUACUUAAUAACUACUUAAAGCCAGUACAGAUUUUCUCAUCAACGUAUUCAGCUUUGAGAACAGAAUGGCAAUAAAACCUUGUUUAUAUAGUUUUGGUUAUUAAAGUUGUUAUAAUAUAAUAGUGUCGUGUCUUAAGCAAUUAUUAUUACUUAUCUAAAAAAACACUUCCUAAAAGAAUGCUGUAGAAAUAUAAACCUUGUCCUGUUGUCCUGAAAACUAUCCAGAUGAACCACAUGAAUGAAGGACAAACACAGCUCGCUAUAAAUGCUUAAUCAUUAAUGUUUUGUUUAUGGAUUUAAAUGAGAUUAUUUGAUCAGUUUAUGUAUUGUUUUAUAUUGACAUCAUAAAAAACCUUAAUAUAACAU